AGAGAGAGAGACCACUGGACUCCAUUAACACGAACCCUUCAGGAGCUCCGCCGCUGGACUUUGGCGAUUUUUCUUUUUCUGUUCGGGAAGCUUCCUCAUGAUAGGAUUAAAUACGCGGACGAAGGAAAGAGAACGCGUCGCCUGUUGAAGUUCUGGGACCUGAAGUGGUGUUUUGCGGAUUUGUUUCGGCGUAUUUGUGAAGGAUGGCGUUGGACGGGAUCCGGAUGCCGGAUGGCUGCUACGCGGAUGGGACCUGGGAGCUGAAGAUGCAUGUCACCGAUCUCAACAGGGACGUGUCUCUCAGAGUCACCGGGGAAAUCCACAUCGGCGGUGUGAUGCUCAAACUCGUGGAGAAACUCGAUGUGAAGAAGGACUGGUCAGAUCACGCGCUGUGGUGGGAGAAGAAGAAGACCUGGCUGCUAAAGACGCACUGGACGCUGGAUAAAUACGGCAUUCAGGCCGACGCCAGGCUGCUCUUCACGCCGCAGCACAAGCUGUUACGCCUGCAGCUGCCCAACAUGAAGCACAUGAGGGUGAAGGUCAACUUCUCUGACCGCGUCUUCAAGGCCGUGUCUGACAUCUGCAAAACCUUCAACAUCCGGCAUCCUGAGGAGCUCUCCGUACUGCGCAAGCCCCGCGACCCCAAGAAGAAGAAGAAAAAGCUGGAGGAGGCGGAGGAGGAGGCGCUGGAGCUGGAAGGACCACUGCUCACUCCUGGAUCAGCCUCUGAGAUACUAUACAUUGGACCGGUAAAAGGAAGCAUCUAUUCUAGUCCUGGACUUUACAGCAAGACCAUGACACCUACCUAUGACUCUCGGGACGGCAGCCCUCUGUCCCCCACCUCAGCGUGGUUUGGAGACAGUCCUCUGUCAGAAGGCAAUCCCAGCAUCCUCGCUGUCAGCCAGCCCAUCACCUCACCCGACAUUCUGGUCAAGAUGUACAAGCCACAGUCCCUCCUGGACAAGGCCAAGAUCAACCAGGGGUGGCUGGACUCCUCCAGAUCUCUGAUGGAGCAGGAUGUGAAGGAGAACGAGGUUCUUCUGCUCCGGUUCAAGUACCACAGCUUCUUUGACCUCAACCCAAAGUAUGAUGCCAUCAGGGUGAACCAGCUGUAUGAGCAGGCCAAGUGGGCCAUCCUGCUGGAGGAGAUCGAAUGCACCGAGGAGGAGAUGAUGAUGUUCGCCGCCCUGCAGUACCACAUCAACAAGCUGUCCAUCAUGUCUUCAGACAAUCACAUGAACAACAGUGAGAAGGAGAUCGAUGAGGUCGAUGCGGCUCUGUCAGAUCUGGAGAUCACUCUGGAGGGAGGAAAGACCUCCAACACGCUGGGUGACAUCACAUCCAUUCCUGAACUGGCUGACUACGUGAAAGUCUUCAAACCGAAGAAACUCACUCUGAAGGGAUACAAGCAGUACUGGUGCACGUUCAAGGACAUCACAAUCUCCUGCUACAAGAGCCGCGAGGAGGCCCACGGCACGCCGGCGCACCAGAUGAACCUGAGAGGCUGUGAAGUCACACCAGAUGUGAACAUUUCCGGUCAGAAAUUCAACAUCAAGUUGCUAAUUCCUGUAGCAGAUGGUAUGAAUGAGAUCUGGCUGCGGUGUGAUACUGAGAAGCAGUACGCUCAGUGGAUGGCAGCUUGCCGCUUGGCCUCCAAAGGGAAGACGAUGGCAGACAGUUCCUACAACUUGGAGGUCCAGAACAUCCUGUCCUUCCUGAAGAUGCAGCACAUGAAUCCUGAUCCUCAGAUCAUAGAGCCCAUCACCACCGACAUCAACCCUGAGUGUCUGGUGUCUCCACGAUACCUGAAGAAGUACAAGAACAAGCAGCCAGGCUUUGUCAGGGACUUGAUUCCCGGCCGUAUUUUUUGGAAGCCCAUCAGAUCAUCUGCUCUGCUCUCACGGCAGGUGACGGUGGAGUUCGCGGACGAGCCCAGUCUGGCCUUCAUCUGUGCCGAGGUGGACUGCAAAGUGGUGCACGAGUUCAUCGGCGGCUACAUCUUCCUGUCCACACCGCCAAGGACCAGAACGAGUCUCUAG